UUCAAAGAAGACAGGUGUGCCAGAGCGAAAGGUUACUUGUACGUGACGAUGGAUAAAUAUUUCACGGACCGUCACAACCAGCGCUGGACAUCGGACAAGGAGGCACGACUGAUCGGCCUCUACGAGGAGAACCGGCUGUUGUGGGAUAGCCGCCACCCCGACUACCGCGACAAGGACAAACGCGAACGUGCCAUGAGCGCCAUUGCCGAAGGGUUGCAGGACGAAUUCGACGUGUUGAACGUGAAAAACAAGAUCAAAUGGCUCCGCGAUUACUUUGUAAAGGAACUGAAGAGGGAACUUGGCUUGACGGUCAAAACAACCUCGCACCAAGGGACCCCCUCCCAAGGCUACGUGUCCCGCUGGGAGCACUUUAACAAGUGGGCUUUCCUGCGCAGCAUCUUCAGUGCCGACUUGUGCUCCCCUUCAACCACCAAUGCACCAGACUCGGUCUCGUUCAAGGCGGGUGCCAUUCUGGUGAGCAAAGCCAGAGCGAUUCUUCGGACUUGCGGCCGCCGAUCCCCAACGGCGAAUGCAGAGGCGUCGAGAUGGCCGCUUCUACGUAAGACCUCUCGUCGAAAGAUGACAGGCCGCAGACACCGUCUGCACCACCCAGGAAGAGUGCCGCUUGUGCUCCGGUCACCGCGAAGGCGCACGAGCCCUGCGCUCCGUCGCGCUCGACCACGACGUCAGCGCCUGCUGCAUUCAUCAUUGGAACACGGCGUUCGGAAGUCCGUGCGCCAACACCCACAAACGAGAAAGAGCACGCGGAUGCCGUACCAGCAGUCGGGACCCCGUCAGCGGAAGAGAAAAAGGGACACGACUCGCCAGCCAGUGACGCCGAGACCGGACCGAGAAACGAGUCUGGUUGCGCAACGAUCGGCGACGUCUCCGUGGAUUCGUUCUCCCUGUACGUCAUCUGGCAGCUGCGCCAGAUGAACCAGUACCAGAGAGACUUGGCGAUUCUGCGCAUACGGCAGCAGCUGUUCGACGCGAAGUACGCAGUCGAGCCAAGCAUCCCUGCCGUCGGGGCGGCGACUCUUCUUGGCGGCGCGUGGACAUCUCGUCACAGUCAACCGGCCUCUACGACGCGCGACUCGCGGGCGGCCUGUGUGUGCUCUGCGGCUCCCGUUGCCCAUUCGUGUUGGGGGUGUUGAAAUCAGGGGCACCAAACAGACCGGUGUGGGUGCAAGACCAGCGAGCGCGUAACCUAGGAUACCUUAAACCUCUUGUGAAAGUGUGAAAAAUGUCAUCCGUAAAGAGAGGCAACCACACAUUUUACUAGUGCAGCUGAUAUGUUAUGAAUAAACAACCAUUAUUUGAGUAUUAA